AUGGAAAUCCCUGCUAAACCACUCAAUCCGAUGGUUAGCCCAUGGCCAUUCGCCCAAUGGGGACUUGAUCUCAUCGGCCCCAUGCCACCAGGCAAGGGCCAACUUAAGUUCACAGUCGUAGCCGUCGAUUACUUCACCAAGUGGACCGAGGCCGAAGCCCUCGCAACGAUAACGGCAGCAAAGUUCGAACACUUUGUAUGGAAAAACGCCAUCGUAACGGACAACGGUAAGCAAUUCGAUUGCUCUCGAUUUCGACAUCUCUGCUCCCGAUUCAACAUCAGCAUCGUCUUUGCAUCUCCGGCACAUCCACAAUCCAACGGACAGGUCGAAGCCAUCAACAAGAUCAUUAAGAAAAUGCUGAAGAAGAAGCUAGGAGCCGCCAAAGGCAAUUGGCUUGCCAUGCUACCGGGUGCGCUCUGGGCCAUUAACACCUUCUACCGAAGGUCGAUUGGUGAGACGCCGUUCUCCUUAGCCUUCGGUACCGAAGCUGUGGUAUCGGUGGAGGUACAUGCGCCCACAUGCCGAACGGCAUCUUACGACCCUCAGCAUAAUGAACAGCGGCUCGCCCUCAAUCUGGAUCUCAUUGACGAACACCGAUCGCAAGCACAGCUCCGGAACGCUACCUACAAACAACGAACAGCUCGGUACUACGACUCGCGCGUAAAACACCGAUCUUUCAAGGUGGGGGAUUGGGUUCUGCGUAAAGUGUCUCGGCCCCUCCUAGGAAUGACCCUAUGA